GGUGGCGAUUACUCCUGCAAGUACCACAUUGUGGUAUCAGGACGAGAGUUUCCAUCCAGAGAGAGCAACUCCAUCAGGAUUUUGGUAUUGGAUGAACCACUUUCCACAAUGCCUACAGUUUCCACCCCUGACCAGGCUGUUCCGAGUUUUGCCACCACAACCAGGCUUUCUAGAAAGUCAACACUCACAGCUUCAUCAUCCAGCUCUUCGCGCUACAUCACCAGAACACCCUCAACACACACGAGACUCCUUGCAUCAAGCCCCUCCUGGUCCAGCUCUUUGCAGUUCAGUCUGCGUUAUAGCACCACAACCAGCAGCACAGAUGCUCAGGAGAGCAGAAAAUCAUCUGCCUGCUGUGAUCCGAAAUCAACCACAGACCAAAAUAAGGACUACCUGGAAAAAGGUCCAUAUCCUUUUCUUCUCCCACUGGCCAUUGGAUGUGGCACCGGCGGAUGUCUCUUCCUCCUGGUGUUUGUUGUCUGCAUUUAUAGGAGGAAGUACAAAGGUAUUUGGCAAGGCAGGGGAAGCUGAGCCUGGGGAGAUGGACAUCCCAGGAGGAAUGCAGAUGUGGGUGGAA